GCAGGGGUGGCCACGAGCACCGGGCUUAAAAGGCGACGCCCAUUUGACCGAGAGAGCGAGAGCAGCCGGAAGCCACCUUCGCCGGCCUGCUUCGCCAGUCCACCACCACCACCACCAACCUCGGAGCCAAGAACACUUCAACACCCGGAAGAUGUGGGAGGGAGGCAUCGUCGAGCACGGGAGCCAGGAGGCCACGCAUCAUCAGCUGCUCCCGUGGCUCGGCGCGGCGCCGUUCUCCGAGCCGGCGGCUGUGGCGACGGGCCUCGGCGCCGCCAUGGGGGCUUACGCCUGCGGCGACGGCGUCGGCGGGCUCGGGCUCGGGCAUGGCGGGGUGUUCGGCUUCGGUUUCGACGCGGUGCCGCCGCCGCAGCAGCAGCAGCAGCGCGCGGCGGAGGGGAGCGGGAAGGCGGUCGUGUCGGGGCUGCUUGGAAGCCUUCAGGCGGAGCUGGGGCGGAUGACGGCACGGGAGAUGAUGGACGCCAAGGCGCUGGCGGCCUCGCGCAGCCACAGCGAGGCCGAGCGCCGCCGCCGGCAGCGGAUCAACGGCCACCUCGCCAGGCUCAGAAGCCUUCUCCCCAACACCACCAAGACGGACAAAGCGUCGCUGCUGGCCGAGGUGCUCGACCACGUGAAGGAGCUGAAGCGCCAGACCUCGGCGAUGAUGAUGGCCACCGCCGCCGUCGGGGGCGACGACGGAGGUGCAGGUGGGCGGGCGCAUCAGCAGCUUCUGCCGACGGAGGCCGACGAGCUGUCCGUGGACGCGGGGGCCGACGGCGCCGGGCGGCUCGUGGUGCGCGCGUCGCUCUGCUGCGAGGAUCGCCCGGACCUCAUCCCGGACAUCGUGCGGGCGCUCGCCGCUCUCGGGAUGCGCGCGCGCCGGGCGGAGAUCACCACGCUCGGCGGCCGCGUCCGGAGCUUGCUCCUCAUCACUGCCGGCAGCAGGGGAGCGGACCAGGCCGGCGACGGCGACGGCGACGACGACGACGAGGAGGAGGAGGAUGGGCAUCGGCCGGCUAACGCCCCCGUGCACGUCGACGGCGAGCGCACUGCCUCGCACAGGAGGCACGAGUGCAUCGCGUCGGUCCAGGAGGCCCUGCGCGGCGUCAUGGACCGCAGGACGGCGAGCAGCGACACGUCGUCGUCUGGUGGUGGCGGCGGGAGCAUCAAGAGGCAGCGCAUGAACUACGGCGCGCAGGAGCAGUGUUCAGUGUAGCACAUGUACACACGGCGUUCCAGCAACGACCAGCAAGAACUGCGUUUAUGCUUUGCAUUGCAUGGAUGCAUGAACGCAUAUAUGCAAGUUUGUUUAGCAUAGCUACUAGCAGUAUAAGUUUAGCCAUCGUUUCAAGCCUUUGGCGCCUAUGGUUUCUUUGGGUAUAAUCCAUGGUGUGGUGCAUCA